ACUGCAGCAGCCUGUCUGGAAGAAAGAAGGAUAGAAAGGGACAGGAGGAAGGGAAAGAAAGCAGAAGAUUUGAACUGAAGGGGAUAUACAUGUAUGAUUCCACACAAGGAGGCGUGUUUCACUAAGGAAGACCAUUUUCUCCCUCCUAAUGCGUUUUGAUAAUGGUCUCGUGCAGGAGGCGUGCUUGGAAAUAGAGUGAAAGGCAAAAACGAAAAUUUGAAGAUGGAGAGGACUGACAGCACCAAGGCAUACGGCCAAGCAGAUGGCAAAGGAGUAGGCAUGGCAGCUAAGAGGGCCAAGUCUGGAGUGCCCCAGAGCACACAACGUGGGGAGCUAAAGGUUUAUCGGGCAGGCAGUUCUGAGGGCAGGAUACCAGUGCCCUCAAAUCUUCGCAAGCAGAGGUCGAUGACAAAUCUGGCUGUCCUCACUGAUGCUGAGAAGAAGCUGCAUCUAUAUGAGCCAAAGUGGUGUGAUGACAUGGCCAAGCCUGGAGCAGGGCAGACCAAGACCAACAAGCCAAAAACCCCAGGCAGUGGCAGCAGUGCCGGUGGGGGUGCCCCCCUUUCUCGAAACCUAUCCAAAUCUGAACAUUCACUGUAUCAGGGAAAACCCAAACCUUUCAGUGCCCUGGCUGCUCCUUCUUCCCUGAGCAAGCAGAGCCGCAUACCUCGUGGUCCUUUUGCUGAGGUGAAGCCGUUGAGCAAGGCACCUGAGGAUGGAAAGUCAGAUGAUGAAAUCCUCUCGAGCAAAGCAAAAGCCAUUCCAAAGAAAGCUGGUGCUGGUGCGGAGUCCAGUUGCAAAGGCCAGGGAGAGGAAGGUGGAGAUAAGCCAUUUCUGAAGGUGGACCCAGAGCUGGUGGUGACAGUGCUAGGAGACCUGGAGCAGCUUCUUUUCAGUCAGAUGUUAGAUCCAGAUUCUCAGAGGAAGCGGACUGUGCAGAAUGUUCUUGACCUCCGCCAGAAUCUUGAAGAUACAAUGUCGAGUCUACGAGGCUCCCAGCUGAGCCACAGUUGUGUGGAUAGCAGUAAUGUGGGCUACGACAGUGAUGAGACCAAUGCCCGCAGCAUUUCCAGCAUGUCCAACCGUUCCUCACCUCUGUCUUGGCGCCAUGGUCAAUCCAGUCCUCGCCUUCAGGCUGGCGAUGCCCCAUCUUCCACAGGUGGAGGGUACCAGGGUAGCAAAAGCUCCCCCCAGUACACAGCUCACACCAUGCCUGCUCGCUGCUCCAGUCGUCUCAGUAGCUCGUCUCGCAUUGAGCUUAUCGAGGGACUUGAUGAUGAUCCUGACCUCAAGUCUGGUUACCUGAGUGAUAAUGACCUUCAAGGAAAGAGUCUGCCGGAUGAUGACGAUGAUGACAACUUGGCUAAUGGCUGGGAUGAGAGCAGCUCCAUCAGCAGCGGACUCAGCGACGGUGACGGUGAUGGCUCAGAAAACCUCAGCUCAGAGGAAUUCAAUGCCAGCUCAUCUCUGACAUCCCUGCCGAGCACGCCUUUGGGAUCAAGACGGAGCUCUUCGGUUAUGCUCCGCACUGAUGCAGAGAAGAGAUCUCUGGUGGAAAGUGGCCUCUCUUGGUACAGCGAGGAUGGCAAAGCCAGUCACAGGCUUGACAGAUGCAGCUUCAACUCAGGAAGCCUCAAAACUGAAGCCCCAAGCAAGUGGAGAAAGAAGCCUCCAAGCCUCAGCGAAGAUUUUGGGGUUAAAGGAGAUCUGAAGAAGCCUCAGAGUUUGGGUCAACCAGGGAGCUUUAAGAAGGGCAGAAAUCCUCCGGUGGGCGUGACCUCCCCCAUCACCCAUACUUCUCAGAGUAUGCUCAAAGUUGCAGCACCUAAAAGUGAGAAGCCUCUGGACAAAUCCAAAAUGUCCAUCAAAACUGCUGGUCUACAACGGUCCCGUUCAGAUGCUGGCAGGGAUAUUCAUGGAGAGCACCGCAAGCCUCCGUCAGGUUUGGUCAAACCAUCUGCUGGAGGCUCCUUUGGCUACAAGAAACCAUCAGCAGCCACCGGUACUGCAACUGUAAUGACAGCAGGGGGCACCCAUAUCCCAGGGGGCUCUGCAACCGUGGGGAAAACACCCAAGUCAUCUGGCAUCCCUGUUAAACCUGUAGGUGGAGGAACAGGAUUAGGUAGAAAAAACAGUUUUGAUGCCAGCAGUGAGCAUGGCUUCCUGGGGCCAAAUGCCCGAAACAGCAUUCAGUACCGCAGCUUGCCUCGGCCAGCCAAAUCGAGCACUCUAACUGUGAUUGGACGCCCAGCAGCUCGUCCUGUCAGUGGCACUAUUGACCCUUCAAUGCUGAGUUUGAAACCAGUUUCCAUAGCCACCACAGGACCCAGGAUUAAAGAGCAAAGUGUCUGCAGCGGUAAAAUGAUAAACAGAACGAGUACAGGCCCGGUGAACCAAACAGACAGAGAGAAGGAAAAGGAACGGGCUAAGGCGAAGGCUGUUGGUGUGGAAAUGGACUGCGGUUCUCUGAAAGGAGAAGACAGUCAGUCGGAGUGUGCAGGAGAGUCUGCUGUGAAGCUGCACAGCCUGAGAAGAACGAGCAGCAGCAAAUAUCCUGAGCUAUCCUCUCCCACAACACCAAGGAUGCUGAACACCAAGUCUCUUGGUCGUCCGCCCAGCUUGGCUCACCUGGACAAGAUGAAUUCAAACAGUCUUGACUCCUGUGUGACCAUCCAGGACCUUCCACCUAAAAUACCACCAUACUCAAAGCUCCAAGACCUGGCCGCUUCCCACAUAUCCACCCGUCUCACCCCGAGCCCGGCGCCAAUCCUCCACAUUGAUUCUCCCACUUACACAAGUGAAAGCCUGAGCUUGAGUGGAUCCCCAAUGCUCUACACCAAACUUUCCAGCAUGCAUCGCAGCUUGGAGUCUUUACCCCUCCAGAUGAGUGUGCCAUCCACUGUAAGGCUUGUGCCACCAGAUACUAGCAAUAAGGAAGAGAGGAGUGCAGGAACCUGGAGAGGUGGGAGUAGAACUUCGCUCAACCUCUCGGAUAGUUUGCAAACAGACCGGAAUACUUUGCCGAAAAAAGGCUUAGAACGUUAUGGUUCAAGCCUCUCGGACAGUGAUGGAUGCAAACCAGGAAGGCGCCAUUCUCACACUGUAGUGAGCAUGACAGAGAGCAGCACCCCCCCUCAGCUACCUUCACCCACCCGCAUUCUCCAUCCUUCUACCAGCAAAACUACUCUAACAAACAUUGUUGCCCCAAUUUCCUGUGGCAGCCCAAGGAUAUCACGCUCCAACAGCACAGGGCCCUCCGGGGACUCAGCCUGUGAUCUGUAUGGAUCUUCGCCCCUGGGUAGCAGUAUGUCUCUGGCUGACCGGCCAAAAAGCAUGCUGCGAUCCGGGUCCUUCCGUGAACCAGGAGAGGACGUGCACGGCUCUGUGCUUUCGUUGGCAUCCAAUGCUUCAUCUAACUAUUCCGCGAAUGAGGAAAGAAUACAAGGAGAGCAAAUCCGCAAGUUGAGACGAGAGCUGGAGUCGUCCCAGGAAAAGGUUGCCGAUCUUACUAUGCAGCUUUCUGCCAACCAGCUAGGCCAGGCUAAUCUGGUUGCAGCGUUUGAACAGAGUCUGGCGCUGAUGACAGCACGUCUGCAGACACUAUCGGUCUCCUCAGAACAGAAGGACUCGGAGCUUACUGAAUUAAAACAGACUAUUGAGGUUUUGAAAGCCAAAAAUACAGAGGCCCAAGAAAUCAUCCAGACUGCUCUGAGUAACCCAGAUAUCACGCCUAAAGAGCUGCUGAUAAAUCGACAGAACUCUUCAGAGAGCAUCUCCAGUCUAGCAAGCACUACAAGCCACUCAAGCAUGGGGAGCCUCAAGGAGCAGGAAGCCAAGAAGAAGAAAAAGAAGAGCUGGGUCUUUGAGCUGCGUAGCUCCUUCAACAAAGCUUUCAGUAAGAAAGGCUCAAAGUCUGGGCCAUAUGCUGACAUCGAAGAGAUCGCCACCCCAGAGUCCUCUGCCCCCUCGUCCCCGAAGGUCAGCUUUGUUGGCGAUAACCCUCAGCAGCCAAUGAAAUCCUCAGCCUCUGCUUCAUCAGCAGGACACUGUGAAGACGACGAUGCGGGAGAUGAUAAAGUUGUGACAGAACUGCGCUCAGAGCUGUGGGAGAAAGAGCGAAAGCUUACAGACAUCCGUCUGGAGGCUUUGAGCUCGGCACAUCAGUUAGAGCAGCUGCAGGAGGCGAUGACUAACAUGCAGAGGACAGUGGAGAACCUGAAGACUGAGAAUGAUAAGCUUAAGACAGGUAGUCUGUCUCCCUCUGCGUCUCCUGGACCCUCCAGCUCUGUGUCACAGUCCUCUGGUCUCACAGCCCUGGGGAGUUCAUCCCCCCGUCAGUCAGUAGCCAUGCACUUGCCCAAAAGCCACAGCAGAGGGCUCAGUGAGGGGAGCAGCUCAGAUGUCCAGCCUGCAGAUUCUCUCAGCCUUUCCUCCCAGAGAGAUGAUCAUCGUGUCAGAGUGGUAGUUUGUGUGGCAGAUUUACGGGUUUUUAAAGAUGAGACUAAACCACAGGAUUUCUUCAUCGGUACCGUCAGGGUCAAUGGCAGGAUGGACUGGGUCAUGUUGGAUUCUGCUGUCAGUCAGGCUUUCAAAGUCUAUAUAGCCAAGGUGGACCCCACCUCCAGCCUGGGUCUUUCCACGGACUCAAUCUACAGUUACAGCAUGGGUCACAUUAAAAGAGUGCUGGGAGGCGAAGCCCCUGAGACGCAGCCAUCUCGCUGCAUGUCGCGAGGCCCAAGCAGCAUCACAGUGGCACUAAAAGGUUUGAAAGAGAAGUGUGUCGACAGCCUUGUGUUCGAAACUCUCAUCCCAAAACCCAUGAUGCAACAUUAUAUAAGUCUCCUUCUCAAACACCGCCGACUCAUCCUGUCCGGGCCGAGCGGAACAGGGAAAAGUUACCUUGCUUCCCGGCUGGCCGAGUACCUGGUGGACCGCAGCGCCCGCGAAAUCACAGAAGGCAUUGUGAUCACUUUCAACAUGCAUCGACAGUCCUGCAAGGAUCUCCAGCUUUAUCUUUCUAACUUGGCCAAUCAAAUCGAUCGGGAAACCAGUUCAUCAGAAAUCCCAUUGGUUGUUAUUUUAGAUGACAUUCACGAUCCAGUGUCCAUCAGUGAACUUGUUAAUGGUGCUCUCACAUGCAAAUAUCACAAAUGUCCUUAUAUCAUUGGCACAAGCAAUCAGCCUGUGAAGAUGAUGGCAAAUCAUGGCCUCCAUUUAAGCUUCAGGAUGGUUACCUUUUCUAACAACGUUGAACCGGCUAAUGGAUUCCUCACACGGUAUUUGCACCGGAAGCUCAUGGAGUCAGAAGAUGAAGGGAGUUUAACCAAUGAAGACCUCAUCAGGGUUUUAGAUUGGGUUCCUAAACUGUGGUACCAUUUGCAUACAUUCCUGGAAAAGCAUAGCACAUCGGACUUUCUCAUUGGUCCUUGCUUUUUCCUGUCAUGCCCUGUUUCCGUUGAUGAGUUUCGAUCUUGGUUUAUUGAUCUGUGGAACCACUCUAUCAUUCCAUAUCUUCAAGAAGGAGCAAAAGAUGGCGUCAAGGUUCAUGGUCAGAAUGCGGUAUGGGAGGACCCAGUGGAGUGGGUGAGGGGAACCCUGCCAUGGCCGUCCGCACAGCAGGACCAGGCAAAGCUAUUCCAUCUCCCUCCUCCAAGUGUCAGCUCUAGCAGUCCGUGUCAGUCCAGUGAGGAGAGGCCUCACAAAGAAACUCCGCCCAGCUCUAUGGAAUCAGAUCCCCUGAUGGCAAUGCUUCUCAAACUUCAAGAGGCUGCUAAUUACAUCGAAUCUCCAGACAAGGAAGAUCUGCCUAAACUUUGAACACAAACUCACGUUUUAAAAUGCAGCACUAAAGAUUUUUGAUUUCAUGUGUUUCACUGUGUUGAAGCAAUCAGGAGGAAAAAUAUCCUGGAAAAAAAUGGUUUUGGGGAAAGUUUAUAUGAGUAAAGCUUUUACAGUUUAGAUUCACAAUAUGAAAACACAUAAAAGACAAACACUUAAGCUCUAAUAAAUAAAUAUCUAUAUUCUGUAACAAAACUAUAUGUAACAGUCUACCACCACACUAGCCCUCAAUACUAUUAGAUUGGUGCUAUCUUUUUACUCUGAAAUCCACUCUCAGUUCAGGGGAUUUCUGCAAAAACAUGCACCGUCCAUCCUGUUUUAUCCUUAAGUGCAUACUGGGAUAGUGAGUCCUCAUCAAAUGGUUCUAAUUGUGAUAUUAACCUUCUGGAAAAGAGUAUGACAGCAUGCCAGACUCCAACGUUAGACGCAAAAAUCUUUUCUACAUAUCUACAGUAUACAGAAAGCCUUUGAAGGCUUUUUUUUCUGAACACAUAUGCAAUCCUGAACUUUACAACUCAAGCAGGUAAAAAAAAAUGCCUUAACAGCAGAGAUGUUCUUCUCACCUUGACAUAAGCUGGUUUUACUGGUGCUUUCAUCAAUAUCACAACUAUUCAGUACAAAAUCUUUUCUUUCCCCAGGUCUCUCUGCAUUUCAUCAUUUCAGCUAAUCAUUUAUUUUACAACAAAAUAUAUCAGACCUUUUGGUCUUUUUCAGUUUUAUAGGAAAUAUUGCUGUCAUACUCUUUUACUUUUAUAUAAAACUGAGCUUAAAUAUUUGUGAUGUGGUUUAAUUGCUCUGUUGCUGCACGCACCACGUUACGAAGGUUUUAUUUCAUAAAAGGCAAGCGGUGCCACCAUGAGGCUGCCAUGAAUAUCAGGUAUAAGAUGCUUACUCUACAGGGAUAGUAAUAAGAAACACCGUUUAAUGGGGGGAAAAAGAAACAAAUGAGUGAAUGCUUACUGAAUCCAAUUCAGACCGUAAUUUCUCUUAGAAAGAGCACAUUUCUUUUAAAUGGUUGCCAUGAUAUUGUGUAUAUAUAGUGUACAUACAAACAGACUGUGUGGCAGUUUAUCUGCAUUAGUUGGUGCAAAAAAAAAUCUAAUAUACUGAACCAAAUAUUUUACUUUAACCUUACAUAUUACCUGCUAAGUUAGUCAUUUAAGUUGAGCUAUGAAUGUUUAUAAAACACUUAAGUGUACAUUAGGAUCAUGUAGUAGGUGCUUAAGCCUUAUCAAAGUACAACUGCAAAACACAUAAAAUGGAUGAGCAGAGUGACUAUACCGCUGCGCAUGGUGAAUUCCUCCACCACAGUUAAAAUAAGCACUGUCACCAUUCAUGCAUAACAGUAUCGGUUAGAUUUGUAUGAUGCUCUAUAAAAAAAAUGCCCCAAAACUGUUCUAGGAUUGUAUUGCAAAGUAGGUUAGCAAAAAGUUUGAUGUCUUUUCUGUCAAACUGGAAAUAUGACCUCUCUGUGAAAUAGUGGUGAAGACACCCAUGUGAGACAUUGUGUGGUUUUUAACACUCAUCAGUGUAGUACAGUAUUCUUUUGAGAAUAUUUUCGGAUCUGUAUGGACACAAAUGAAACUUAAUUAGGUGCUCAAUGUAGACUUAUGUGAAGAGGUCCUGUUAAAGUACAUCAAAUGUAGGGUAUGUGGUUGUGCAAUAUCCAUCAUCCCAAAACACCCAGUAAUGUUCUAGCUGAUUGAAUGUCGUACCACUUUAAUGACCGCACAAUAAGGAAGUGUAAUCAUUUAUUUUGUAUUCCCACAGCUCUGACUGGUACAAAUUAAUGGAUUAAAGAGAAAAACAAAGUAAAUGAUCUUUGCUGUAAAUAUUCCAGGUAUCAAAUGGUGUUACCGGCCAUUGAUGACACUCUAAACCGUUUCUGCAGGUUGAUUAAAGCCAUCGGGUCCAGAUUUUCAUCUCAUUUUCUGGUUGUUGUGCCUGUUGCUCUGUAUAAGCUGUGAUAUGUGUUUGCUUACUGGUGUAUCAGGACUAUGCAGCAACUUUUACUGGUGUUUACAAUUGGCAGAGAUCUCAACUUCACAUGCAGUUGCUUUGUGUUCUCAUCGGGUCUUUCCUAAGUUCCUGAUUUGGAUCAAAAUCCAUCAGAGGGUUUGUUUUAGCCAGUCAGACAUGGCCUUAACAGAGUUGGGAUUUAAAUACAGGGUUUCAUAUAUGGAUGAAAAAUGUAGGAUGUCUAAAACAAUUCUGUGAUAAUGUAUGGCACCAGAAGAAAUGUAACUUCAGCUACAAAUUGUUGAAAGACAGUUAAGGAUCAAAUUAUGAGCCUAAAUCAGUUCUAAACCUGAGUUCUUAGGCCAAUACAGGUUGCUGAAUAGUCAUAUUUUUUUAAAGCUUGUUGUUGACUAAACUAAGAUUUAAGCAAAGUUAUGCUGUUUGUAAUGUCAUGGCUGUGCAAAAGUUAAGGGUUCUUAGGUGUUGUUAAUGCAUGUUUAAUCGCUGAGUGAUGAGACUAAAAUGUUCACCUGACCGUAGACUUAAAAAAGAAAACAUUCGAAAACAUUCUUUUUUUUAAAAAAUACCUAAAUAUUUAAUAUCUUUUUUUUUUUUUAAGAUAAUCCUUUGUAAUACUUGAUUUAUCUACUUUGUACAGUACAUCAGUGUAGAGACUGUAAAUACGGUUGGUCAACAUUAUGGAUGCAGCAACAAUUAAAGAGGGGAAAUUAAAAAGUAUCACAUAGAAGAUAUAUUUCAACAGAGUUGAGUCCAACAGAUGGAUAAAUGGUGCUCCUGAAGGCUUUCAUCCACUCAUCACUGUUUGUUGGCAUUUAAUAAAUACAUGUCAUAUUC